UUUAACCUCAAUGUUUUAUGAUGUUUAGCAGUCGUCAAAACAUUGCCAAAUGCCAAAAAGCCUGGCCCAAAAAAACCCAAACUAACCCAAUGGGGUACCUCAUGUCCUACUUCAAUGCCCCCCUAUAGAUGAACAGUUUGUCAAAGUCACCGUUUCUGAGGCUUUUUGGGGGCUUACUAGCCAAGCAGACUAAAGUGAUGAAAAACCUGGCAGUUUUUGACUUCGACCACACGAUUGUUGAUACCAACUCGGACACUGCUGUAAUGGACCUAGUGGACAAAAGCAAAUUCCCUCCUGAUUUGAGGAAGUUGCAUAAAUCUGCAGGAUGGACGGCCUUCAUGCAGGCGGUUUUCAACGUGCUGCAUGAGAACCAGGUUACGGAGCCGGACAUAGCAGGGCUGAUAAGGCGCCUCCCUGGAGUCGCAGGCAUUAAGCAUCUAAUCCAGACGUUGCAUGAUAGCAUGGACUAUGAUGUGAUUAUUAUCAGCGACGCCAACACGUACUUUAUCAAUGCCUGGCUGGAGGAAAACGGCCUUAGUUCGAAGAUUCUGAAGGUCUACUCCAACCCUGGAGCCUUUAACGAGCAGGGGCGGUUGGAGAUUGAAAUGUUUCACGAUCAGGACUCCUGCCAGUUAAGCACGCGAAAUCUGUGCAAAGGCCAGAUCAUGCAGGAUUUCAUUAAGGAGCAAAGCAAAAGAGGAAUCGUCUACCGAAGGGUGGUUUAUGUGGGCGACGGCCACAACGAUUUCUGCCCCAUUCUAAGGCUGGGCAGCACAGGGGUGGCUUGCUGCCGCAAGGCCUACCAAUGCGCCGAUCUGGUGCAAAAUGCCCCAAACACUGAACACCGCCUGAAGGCUCAAGUGUGCAUCUGGGAGAACGGACAGGAAGUUUUGGAGUUUUUAGCAAAGCCUUUCUCAAUGUGAUGUGUUUAUUAUACUUAAUUACAUUGGCACCCUUAAGGUUCAGUGGCCACCUUGCAUUCAUCAUUACAGCUAUUUACAUUGA